AACACAACAACAUGCUGUCGCUGCUCCUCCGCACCUUCGCCUCCGUCUGCGUCCUCACAGCGCUGGCCCGUGUCUCGGCGGUCACCACGACGACGGUGGUGGGCGUGGCCGGGCGGAGGGUGAUGCUGCCGUGUCGGUCGGAGGAGGUGAGCCAGAGAGGGGCGGAGGUGUGCUGGGGCAAGGGAGAGCCAUCGCUGUUCAACUGCCACAACACUGUGAUCAACACCGCUGGAGCACAGAUCUCAUACAGGAGGUCGUACAGGUACUCUGUAUCCCCAUCCUCCUUCUCUCUGACCAUCUACAACUCUCGUCCGUCAGACUCUGGAUUCUAUCACUGCAGAGUUCAGCUGCCCGGCCCGUUCAACGACCAAACAUCCUCCGUUCACCUCAUCAUCAUCAGCCCUCGCUCCGUGGCCUCUGACGACGGGGACACUGAGAACCUGAACGCACCGCACACACCGACGACUCAGCGCAGGACUGAAGCUGAUGCUGGUUCCAGCACGACACACCUGACAGAGGGAAGAGGAAGUGAUGUCAGCGACACCACAGAGCCAAUGGUGGCGCCGGUUCAGGCGGCCGUCCUGCAGCAGCAGGGAAACAGCCUUCAGACGUUUGUUGGAAACACAGUGAGACUGUCCUUCAUCAUCUUCAUCCCUGCUGUGCUGCUGACUGCUGCUCACAGAAUGUGGAGGCACAGGCAGGGACCAGAGACUGACGGGAGGCUGAACCAAUCAGAGGAGGAGGAGGACGCCUCCGUGUAGACACCUGGGACAGACAGAAAUCAGCCUUUGUCUCUGUCCUGGAGCUAACGUGUAGAGAACUUUCAAACGGGACAUAGUAACAGUCACCUCGCGCAGAGGCUCCGGCCCAGGGGCCCGAGGGGUCUGGGGGCCCCCGGGCCUGUUCAGUAGGCCACCAUCAACCGGUGCAGCUUCUCCAUCUGAAUGUUGUUGGUUCCACCUGUGCUUUCCCCACCCUGAUAAAAUAUCUGCUGCUCAGAGACUCCGAGUCACGUGGAACCAUUAAGACAUGAACGAUCUGAGACAGAGAGACAAACGUGAAGAACACGAUGGACCGAUUCAUAACAGCGAAGAGAAGAACAUCAGGUGACCGCUGGACGGGCUUCAUCCUCUAAAGGGGCCGCGACUGAAAACAGGGCCCAGUUAACCGGCGGUAACUCCUGCAACACUACAGCAAGAAAAUUCACAGCUGGAUCUACAACUGGGAAAAUGCCCGGG